UAAAAUAUUUCAUCCUCUUGAAGAGUUCCUAAUUUUUGACAUGGCUUAUUUCCAAUACCUGUGACCAUCCACAACAUUUUUUUAAUGUGUUUUUAUUAAUUGGGACAUUUUCUUGCCUAUUUUCAAACUAAAUUUGUACACACAUUGUUAGAUUUUUUUAAAUUCAACUUGUCAAAAAAUGUCAUUUUUCACUAAGUUGAAAUUAUUCACUAAGAUGCUUUAUGAAUACGGCCCCAGGUUCUUGUUCACAGUGUCAGCUUAAAACUGAAUUGAAGGAACUACUGCCAAAAUCAGCUGAUUCUGAGAAAAAAAUAAAAUAAAUUGUCAAAACUGUCAAUCUGUGAGAGUGCAGCUUUAAGACGAAUGAUUUCAUAAUAUUAAUUGAUGAGUACAUAAAAACAAAAUGUACAAAAAUGGUCCCAAGAAAUGGUUAUAAAAUGAAUAUUGCAUGUUGGGCUGAAGAUGCCUUUUUAGUAGUUUUCUUUAGUUGUAGCCUUCAUGAUAUUGGAAAUGUAUAACAGAUCUUAUUCAUUUAAAUCAAAAAAGUUUUAUACCUUAAGGCAAUAGUAUUUGCAAUACAAACACCACUGAGAGUGUAGAAAAAAAUGUUUAUUAAUAUCUUCUAUGACAAACAAUACAUUUAAUUAACCUUAUAAUUUGUCAUUGGUGUUUUGUUUCUGUUGUAGGGAAAACCAUGAGCAGACGGAACUUUCGCAUAUAAAAUCUGCUAUUAGCGACAGAAUCAUCCAGGUCGCUAAUAAUGUUGGCAAUUUCCGGACUGAAAACAUAGAAUAUGAAAUAGACUCAGUAAGGACAUUACUAACUCAGUUGUCCUAUCAUGUAGAUGUAAAUAUGAGUUUUGAUAAAGUUAAUGAAGCCUUUGAUAUCCUUAUGAGUGCUGAAUCAGAAGAGUCUGUCUGUCAGAAGAAACCAAAUUUAUUGUAUACUUCUGCAAAAGGCCGACCUUCUUAUAAAAUUCCUGAGGAGACACUUUUAUAUUUUAUUGAAAAAGGAUUUACAUUAAAGCAAAUGUCGGAUAUGCUGUCAGUCAGUACAAGAACAGUCAGCAACAGAAUGGAAGACUAUGGGCUUUCAAUAAGGCAGUCAUACUCUUCCAUAAGUGAUGAAGAACUGGUGGCAGUAGUUCAGCAGAAAGUGACCCAAUUUCCUUCCAUUGGAUACAAGUCAGUUAAAGGACAUUUGAUGUCAGUAGGCAUUCGAAUAACGGAAUCACGCAUUCGCAGAAUAAUGAGAGAAGUUGAUCCACUUGGCGUUAUGCUUCGCAAUGUUCUCUGCAGGACAUACACGAUCAGGAGACGGUCAUACUCUGUGCGAGCACCAAUGGCAUUAUGGCAUGUGGACUCUAACCAUAAAUUGAUAAGAUGGAGAUUCAUCUUUCAUGGUGGCAUUGAUGGCUAUUCAAGACUUCCUGUCUACCUACAAGUAGCUGCUGACAACACUGCUGCUACAGCUUUCACUUCCUUUCAAAUAGGUGUUCAGCAGUAUGGCAUACCAGAACGUGUCAGGACAGAUAAAGGCAUGGAAAACAUCAGAAUAGCUGAAUUUAUGCUUCAGAAUCAUGGUGUUGAGAAAAGAAGCCAUAUUACUGGCAGAAGUGUACAUAAUCAACGAAUUGAGCGGUUCUGGCGGGAACUGUGGCAGGGAUGCACCUGCACUUACUAUGAGCUAUUCCGUACAAUGGAACAGGAUGGAAUUCUUGAUGUAGACAACGAGGUCAACCUCCUUUCUCUUCACCUUGUCUUUCUGAAGAGGAUUCAAAGUUCAGUGGACCGUUUUGUACAUGCUGUUUCCAAUCGACCACUACGGACAGAACACAAUAAAACACCGAUGCAAAUGUGGAUUAUGGGACAAUUCUUGGACCCAAAGAUUCAGCUUACUGCUGAGGUAACUAUAGCUAGGUACUAAUUUAUUAAAUUUUAGCUCAUCUAUUCGCAGAAUAAGGAGAGCUAUACUGGCGUUGGUGUCUGCAUCAUACCUUGGUUAAGGUUUUGCAUGCAAGUACAGUUAUUGUCACCUUAUUAAAUCUACAGACGGUAACGUUAUGCUUAUGGACUUGACCACAGCUUUUUACAUGUAUUGGUUUCUGCGUUUUAUCAAUGUAUUAUAUUAUGCUGACUGUAUAUAAUUUGUCAUAUGUUUAAUUAUGUAUUUUGAAUAAAUUGUUACAAUUUCAUUUUAACAAACAACCAUGAAUACCAAAUCAUCCAGCCAAUGAACUAAAAUUGAGUGAUAACAUUAUUUGGGCUACCAAAAACACUUACCUAGCAAGGGUGGGAUUAGACAGCUG